CACGUGUCGAGCUCCUUCCCUGCAUGUUUGUUUGUUGCCUCAAGCAUCUUCACUCCGUCCUGAGGGAGAGAGCUGAUGAUGGGCUAGUCGGAUGGUGGAAAGGUCAGCAUGGAUAAUGGAGACUUUGGAGACGACGACGCCUUCGAUGGCAUCCCCGACAACACCCUCUACGAACUCGAAAACGCCGCCAAAACUUCCACUCAAAAGCCUUCUACCAACCCGGCUUCAGUCGCUGCCGAACGAUCAAAGGUUCAGACAUAUGCCACGACAGGCCUGAGUCGGACAAGUCGUCCCCUUGGGAGAGAUGCGUGGCGGCCUCCACAACCGCGCAAACAACCGGCCGUACCCAACGCUCCUCCCGCUUCGGCACCCGCUCCACCCUCUUCCGACUAUGGCUUCGAAGACGAGGAUGUCAUUGAUCUCGAUGAGCCGUCAAUGGUCAUCCAGUCUGGAUCCGCUUUGCCUACUCGGCAUCCCGCCAACUCCCUUUCGCAUCCUCCCGCUCCUCGCUAUGCGCCAAAGCCACCCCUCGACCCCGAAACUGAGGCUGCUUUCGCCGCAGCAGAUGCUGAACUGGGUGCUCGCAAUUCCAGACAAUGGAAUCAUGCAUCGCAGCUUCAUCCUGCACCACUAGGAAACGGCAAUGGCGAUAUCCACGCCUUGCAAGCCCGGAUCGCGGAACUGGAAUCGCAGCAGUUACAUCUACGUCAGUCCGAGGAAGAGGCACGACAUGCGGCACAAUCGAAGGCCGGCGAGAUUGCCAUUGUCCGCGCAAACCAUGAUAAAUCAUCAAAAGAGUUUGAGCGAAGGAUAGCGGUAAUGCAGAAGUUGCACGCUGAAGAGAGCGCGAGGCAGAAAGCGGAAUUGGAGUCGGGGAAGAAGGAAAGGGAGAAGAUGGAGACGAGGACUCGCUUUCUCCAGCACGACCUUGCGCAAGAGGCUGAGAGGGUCAAAGGCCUGAGAGGGACGGGCAAGGCGAGGAAUUCGGCCCAGCAUGGUGCGGACUCGGGCACGGCCACGCCGAGAGCAAGCAGAAGAGCUGGGAUGGGUGACGGUUUUGACGACGGAGAGGUAUCCCGGCUCGUCAGUCCGAGUAAGAGUAGAGACAAGGCGCGACUGAAUGAGCAAACGCCCAAGGCUGGAAGCAAGAGGAAGAGACAGGCUAUGGAUAGCCCCGUGCCGGCUCCUGCUCUCUCGUUGAGCGGAAGGGCCCAGCCCGUCAGAGAAGAGACCGCUACACCUCUGGAGGACUCAAUGCGAUCCGCUCCACUGCACGACGACAGAUUCGAUUUCAUGCAGAGGAUACUGCAUCACCGGCCACGGGAGGGUGCGGAGCGGACCAUGGAAACCUUGACGAAGCUUUCCUUCCCUUCAACAAACGAUCCGCGCACAAUGUCGUCAAUGCUCUUGGACAGCAUGUUAUCCUCUACCGCACUGUUAUCUGAGCCUCUCGUCCUCAAGCUCUCCCAUGCGGUCUUGCACCUAUGGUCUCGAUGUCUGGAGGAGGAAUUCUACCUCCCGGUCCCUCUGCUCGUGGACUUGUUCAACUUCACCGUUGCCUUUGAAACGGCGUCCACUCUCGUCCAGCUCACUGCCGACGCAGUUCCAAUCUGCAUGAGAACGAUUGACCUGAUCGCCUCACAUGUCGCAAAGGCAAGCAGAUACCCUGCGUACGCCGACAGUGAAGAGUACAAGAAGAUCGAGUUGAACAUUGGCCAGCACAUCCACGUGGAUGAAGUCAUGGACUGCCUAUCGUGCCUUUGUGAUGCUGCCAGUCUGCAACCUGACAGUAGCGCGGAAUUUUGGCGGACGGUGGAGUUUACGUUUAUGUUGCAGAUGCUGCAUAAAUCGCAACCUCUCUCGCAGAUCUUCACGGCUUUGCGCAUGCUCUCCACGUCGGCCAUGGACGCCAGUUUCGGUCCGAUAUGUGGAAAUCACUCGACGAUCAAUACAUCCGGAGACAGCGCAGAUGCGGCAAGGCAACAAACAAAGCAGGAGAAAGACAUGCUCGAUCGCCUUACCAUUUUGCUCUUCGAGAUGCCAGAGGUACCGAAAGGCGAGCCACCGUACACUGACGAGGAGGUGCAAGACUUACGCCUCCAUAUCUUGGCCGUUUUCCGAGCUUUGCAGCUGACAGAUCACGGGACUAUGCUUCUAGCACAGCACCCAAGCGCCAUAGGGCGACUAGUGAAGUUGUUAGAAGCGCAGGUGACACGGCUCUAUACUGCACAGCCCUCGCUCGGACUGGAAAAGCUCUCACUCGGCGAUCCAGAGACAUCCGAGCACAGCUCUCAGCCUUCGUCGCCCACCCUCCACGACCUCAUCACCCAGACCAUCAACACCACAGUUCGACUGCUAUACCAUCUCCUGCACAACUGCACGCCACCCGUGAAUUUACAGCAGAAACUGAGGGUGGUGCGAGGAGGUUAUCACAAGUUUCUGCUUUCGUUCACCCGAAUCGCGUUCUCCGAUCAACUUGUGCUGGAGGCGGGACUGGAAAACGAGGUCAUAGAGGCGGCACACACCAUCUUAGAUGAGACUCUCAGUCCCGAGGAGGGAGAGGCGGUCAUGCGAGCUGUGGAGACGCCGAGAGGGACGAAGGGAAGAGAGGAAGUAGAUGGGAGCGAGGAGAUGGCACGCGAGGAUGGGUGAAAGCUGGGCGAGAGUUGGAAGAAACUGAGAUCCCGCAAGCUGUCCAGCGCUCAUCUAGAAGAUGAUGUGGUUGACGGGUUACAAGCCAUCGCCGAGGCCAAGGGGUUGGAAAGUCCGCGGAUGGCCCGGUAUUUGCAAGUUCAAAUAGCAACCCGACCUCGGAUGCCACGCCUGGCGCCCCACUUCCACGGCAUUGCAAGACCGCCACGAUGAUGAUGAUGCGACUGAAUCUCGUCGCUUUAU